ACCAAUUUCCAAACUUGCAGAACUUCAGGACCAGGACUUUAGCCGGCCGGGGACCCUCCCAGUCCCAACCCGACCCCCCACAGACUGAACUACUGCCGCCCUGCAGAGCCCCAAUCAUCACAGAUCAUGUGACCCUGAAAACCUUCUGAUGCAUUAUGGGAAACAGAAGCUGUAUGAAUAAUCAUGAAUGUAUUGCGGCUGCUGGGCUGGUUCCUCUGAGAGCUUCUCAUAUGGAUCUGAUUUUCUGUGCCAAGCUUUGUUCUCCUCACAACAAGGCUGUUAUAUAACAGUGACGUCAUAAUGUAGUCCUCACGGCCUCACAUGUCAAAGUGUCUCUUCUGUGAAGUUAAAACCCCGAGGAGAGCCCAGAGAGGCUGUUUACAGGGAUUAGAAGGUAAAGUUUUGUGUUUACACAUGUUUUUAAACUGCGCAGUGACGUCACCGUGAGUUUAGGUAGUUACGUCAUCAGGUCUGCGCGUUGUUGCAGAGUCACUGCGACUGUAAACAAGGAGGAGACGAAAAGUCAACAUCUGUCGAGCUGGUGCUUCAGUCUGAUAUUUAUUAAGCAGAUCGUUCAGGAGAGGAGUCCGCUGAUCCGCGUUCAGCCGGUUGAUACACAGACAGGUCGUGUUUUCACGGAGCUAACGCAGCUAGCCUCACAGCUAGCCUGUCAGCACCGUUAGCCUCAGCUGUCGUUAGCUCUGCUGGCUACAAGUCAACAUCAGCGGCUCUGUUUCACACUUUAUGCACCGAGUAUCUCUCUCUUUACUGCGACCAGGAUCUCCUGAACCCUGGGUGGCUGGUCAGAGCAGCCUCCUCCCACCAUGGAGGCAGGAAGGAAGGACUGCGAGGAGGAGACUCUGCAGACGGCGUUCAAGAAGCUGAGGGUCGACGCUGAGAGUUUACCUGGAGCUGUGAGUGUGUCCGAGGCGUUAACUCCAAGAGCGCCAUCCCGAGCUUGUCCUGACUCGAGCGGAGCGAAGCCCAAACUGAGCUGCCCGAAGGACAACUGGCACGGUUCGAUGAGGAAAUCUUCUCGAGGAGCGUCCAGAACUCAGAGACGUCGAAGGUCCAAGUCCCCGAUCCUGCAGCCUCCCAAGUUCACCUACUGCAGCAGCGCCGCCUCGUCCACGCUGUCGCCCCCUAGUGGCUGCCUGAAGCACCAGCGCCUAGCGGUCCCUGAGCCGGCGGAGCCUCGACCUGCAGCCGACACGGGAGCGCCGUCCUCUUUGCCCGUCCCCGCUCAGAAAGAGCUCGCUCCUUCAGGGGCGCCGGGUCACAUCUCCCCUCUGCUGUUUGGAUCGUGUGCGGGCUUCGACACACCAGAGAUCCCCGUGGUUAUUUCUACUGUCGUGACGUCAUCGAGGCAGGACGGAGGGAGCUCUGUGGAGUCGAGCGAGGAGAGUGGCCCGGGGGAAAGUGCCUGUGAAGGGGCGGAGUCUGCAGCCAAAUCCAGACCCAAAGAGGCCGCUGACUUCAGAGCGUUAUCGGAGCUCCACAGCAGCGGCGCCGCGGACGCCCCCCUCGUUUCCUGCUCCUGCACUUUGAAGAAAAGCUCCGCCUCUGGGGAGGAGAGCGGACAGGGGGCGGAGCCUCAGUGCCACUGUCAGUCCAAUCAGGGCUGGGCCGGCGUGGAGGUGUACUCCUUCACCGGGCUCCGCAACGUCAUCUCUGAGUGCGAGAGGAGCCUGCCGGGCCACGCCGACGCCACCGCCACCAGAACUCUCAGCACCAACAGCAACGCCGCCACGGCUUCGUCGACUUCAUCGGGCUCGCCUCGCUCGUGUUCGGAGCAGGCGCGCGCCUACGUGGACGACAUCACGAUAGAGGACCUUUCUGGCUACAUGGAGUAUUACCUGUACAUGCCCAAGAAGAUGUCACACAUGGCCGAGAUGAUGUACACUUGAAGAGAAAUAUUUAAUAUCAGGAAGAGAAGAGAGGGCGGCGUGCGAUGAAAGGCCUUAUGGGUAGCAGAACGGAUCAGGCAUGAAAGUCGUGAUUUAAAGAUGCAGCAUUAACUGAUUUGAACAUAUUUUUCCCGCCCUCUGUUUGCUCCCCCCCUUCCCCCCUCCUUUUUGUGCUUUGUUUCGAUCUUUAUUUUCCAGUUUACAGAUGAAGCUGCCAAAGCGCUCGCUGCAGGCGCUCGCUGCAGGCGCUCGCAGAAUGACGUUAAAGUAGAAAUAUAUGCAAACGUGUAACGCCGAGUGUUUGUGUCUGGAUUUCAUUUCAUUCAAUAAACAAACAAACUGUGGAAA